CGGCAGCCUCCGCGGGCGCCCCCGGCCCGCCAAGCGCCGCCCCGUUCCCCCGGCCGAGGCGAGGCGAGGCCGGACCGGGCCGGGCCGCCCCCCCGGCCGCGCCUUACGUCCCGCCGCCGGCGUCGCCCGGCGGUUAUUAGCCGCUGCCGCCGGUGGGGAGCGGCCGUUGCCGGGAAGAUGGCGAGCCGCAGCCUCCGCCUGCUGCUCUUCGGUUACUUGGGGGUCCUGAGCUAUCAUAGAGUGUCUGGAAUUUCCAUUGAAACGGAUAACAAAAACGUAAAAGCAGAGGAGUUUAAGGAGGCUAUUCUUAGUUGCAAGCACAAAUUUUCAAAAGGGAUGAGCUUAAGAAUAGAAUGGAAGAAAAUCCAGUCUCAAGGAGUCUCAUUUGUGUACUACAAUGGUGAAUUUACAGGUGAUCUUCGAGGCCGAGCAGAGAUGCUGAAUACAGGAAUUCGUAUUAGAAAUGUGACUAGAAAGGAUUCUGGAACCUACCGCUGUGAAAUCAGUGCAAAGAGUGAAGAGGGGCAACGUCUGGGAGAGGCUACUAUUACUCUCACUGUAUUGGUUGCUCCGACUACGCCGGUAUGUGAGGUACCCAGCUCUGCAAUGACCGGAACAGUAGUGGAACUGAGCUGUAAGGAGACUGAGGGAUCUCCUCCAUCUGAGUACCAGUGGUACAAGAACGGUGUUGCCUUACUGGAAAAGACAGGAACAGGCAGUGCUAGAGCAGCAAACGUAACUUACACCAUGAAUAAAAAGUCUGGCACUCUGCUGUUUAACACAGUUACAAAGAAUGACACUGGAGAGUAUUUCUGUGAAGCCUCCAAUGGGAUUGGAUUAUCUCAGAAAUGCUCAGUGAAGCGAAUGCAAGUUGAUGACCUUAAUGUAAGCGGUAUCAUUGCUGCUGUAGUAUUUGUGGCUCUGGUAAUGUCAUUGUGUGGCCUUGGAGUAUUUUAUGCCCAAAAAAAGGGCUACUUUACAAAGCAAAGCUCUUCCCAAAAGACCAACUAUCAAUCUACGAGUGAAAAGGCAAGUAUUUUGCAUUCAGCAGUGUUUAAGAAGUUUUAUGACUUCAAAAUUCCUUAGAUCUGUGAUGUUUUUGCACACACACAGCCCCCCACACCUGCCAAACCAUACAUGCCACCAAUACCUGGAGAUACCUUAUCUCUGUUUGCAUUUAUAGCUUCCUAUUACUCAGUCUCAAGUGCCAUGCAACUACAGCACCUUGCUCCGUAUUUUGUAUUUUCUUUACCACACUAACCAGAUUUUUACCUGGUUGCCUUUAACCUAGUUCUUUCUACACUUCUCUGUUGUAUUAGCUUCUUUCAUUCUUUUUCUUUGCCAUUUUCAUGAUUAUUUUUCCUCUUAUCAGAUAAACUAAAGAGGCAACACCCUUACACUAUUUGGCAAUAUCAUCUCUAUACUGUCUACUUAAUGAUGCCAUUUUUUGUAAAGACUUCCACUCUGCCUUGCUUGUACGUAGCAGUUAAACAAGGAAACAAAUUCAGACACAGUCCAAGGCAGCAGUGAGAGAAAGAUUGGGCCUUAAUUCCUCUGAGAUUAAUGUGGGUCAAAAGGCUUGACUAAGUAUGGAAGCUAAACUAGUACUUUUUUCCCCCUUCCUCAGUGAGAGGGCUCAAGGGCUUUAACUGCACAUACAUUGCUCCAGCUUUUCAGAUAGGAGCUCCAACUAAAGCUUCAACUAGCAGCAACUUAAUUUGUCUACAGUUUAAGGCUACAUUAGUAACCUUAAAAGUUCACUGAAUGCCACCCAUUUCUUUAAUCAAAACAGAACAUACUAAAUAAUAGCAUAAGGUUAUUCCUUCACCUCGUACGUAUGUAAGAAACUUACUGAGGCCAACUACCUGGUUGCUCUGAGUGGGAAGGAACAAACUUUGAAAAGCUGUGUUAUCUGUUUGUCGAUAUUAAUGCACUUAUGAAUCAGAUGCUCAACAGAGCUGUUUGAUACUAGUAUUUUUUAAUAUGUUAUUACUCCUAUUCUGGGUAGCAUGCAUUCUGCAGACUUCCCUGUCCAGAAAAGAGUAAACAUUAAUUAACAGUGCUUCAGGCAUGCUUGUUUUCAAUCUCCAUGCCUUAGUUUCUUCUGAAAUGUACACUACUUGUUAAUCUGGUUAAAAAUCUUUGAACCGUUACUUAUAUAACCCUGUUUGCUUCAUUUAGGAUUUCAAGCACACCAAGUCCUUUGUUAUUUAGAAGAUUUCAGCCUCUGUGAGGGACAUCAAAUGACUACUUGUUAUACAAAAGUAUCAAAGGGAUCUUUUGACCUCUGCUCUGUAAAUAUUGUUUCCAUAUACUACAUGCUGAAAAUAGAAACUGCAAAUGUUUACAUCUAGUUAACCUAACUGUCUGCAAUUGCUUUUUAAAAAACAAAACCCCCAAAAACUUAACUUAAAGGUAGAACUAAAUUGAAUAUACAAGUCAACUUGUGUGAAGACUUCUUAUUUUGUUCAUGUAUACGUGCAGCAAUACAGGAUUCACUCUUGCAGCUUGGAACAAUCAUCUAUUCAAAUAACUUUCAUAGAUGACCUUGCUACCACUACUUCUACUACUUGUGUCUCCACCAUUGUCAAGGACUCAAACUCUCCUGCAAUUCUGACUUAGUACCUUGGCAUUAUAUUAGAUUUGCUAAAGCCAUCUAUAAGGGCAUAAGUAGUCGUGCAGACUUAAACUCACCAUCCUGACAGAGUAAAGCUUCCUGUAACUGGGGCUCAUGCAGUGUUUUGUCUAAUAUAAAAUGCCUACAGCGUCUCUUCCACAAGUCUCUCCCUCUGACUUUCUGUAGACUGCCUAUGUAAUUUCAUUCUGAAGAAAAUUCAUGCCAGUACAACUCAAGCUGUAGUAUUUGGACCCUAACUGUUGAAGUGUCACAAAUAAAUAGUUCCUCAGAACCUGAA